GCUGCGGCGGCCCGAGGAGCGCUUCCCGCCCGCCCCCGCCGGCACCGCCCGCGGGGCUCCCCGCUGGCCCGUCGCUACCCUGAUGGUCGUCAGCGGGCGGCCGGGGAAGGUCGGGUGGAUGGGCCGGCGGCGGUAGGACGCGCCGGCGGAGAGGCGGCCCAGGCAGGGCCCGGCGGCGGAGCCUCGCUGGGAGGAGGAAGGCGCUUCUGGCCUGCCCGUCGGAGAGGCGCCGCGCUGAGACAUGGCCGUGGCCGUCACCACUAAGACGGCGUGGAAGCUGCAAGAGAUCACGGCUCACAGCAGCAAUGUGUCCUCACUAGUCCUAGGAAAAAGUUCAGGCCGGCUACUGGCAACUGGAGGAGAUGACUGUCGGGUCAACAUAUGGUCAGUUAACAAGCCCAACUGCAUCAUGAGCUUGACAGGCCAUACAACGCCCAUUGAGAGCCUACAGAUCAAUACGAAUGAGGAACUCAUUGUUGCAGGGUCCCAGUCAGGGUCCAUUCGAGUCUGGGACCUGGAGGCUGCCAAAAUUCUUCGUACCUUACUCGGUCACAAAGCGAAUAUCUGCAGCCUUGAUUUCCAUCCUUUUGGAAGCUUUGUGGCAUCUGGCUCUUUGGACACGAACAUUAAGCUCUGGGAUGUGAGAAGAAAAGGCUGUGUCUUCAGGUACAAGGGUCACACAGAAGCAGUUCGAUGUCUCCGCUUUAGUCCUGAUGGGAAAUGGUUAGCCUCUGCUGCUGAUGAUCACACUGUAAAGCUGUGGGAUCUGGCUGCCGGGAAGAUAAUGUUUGAGUUUACAGGACAUACCGGCCCAGUAAACGUUGUUGAAUUCCAUCCCAAUGAAUACCUUUUGGCUUCUGGCAGCUCUGACAGGACUGUUCGGUUCUGGGACUUGGAGAAGUUUCAAGUUGUGAGCUGUAUUGAAGAGGAGGCUACUCCUGUCAGGUGCGUGCUCUUCAAUCCAGAUGGCUGCUGCUUGUAUAGUGGCUUCCAGGACUCGCUGCGUGUGUACGGCUGGGAGCCAGAGCGCUGUUUUGAUGUGGUCUUGGUGAACUGGGGAAAAGUAGCUGACUUAUCUAUCUGCAACAACCAGCUGAUAGGAGUUUCCUUUGCGCAAAGCACAGUCUCUUCCUUCGUUGUGGAUCUCAGCAGAGUCACAAAGUUGGAUUCUAUUCCUCAUGGGCUGAUCAGGGAUGACGAGCCUCUUGUGCCGCCUACCCCCACGGGGUCCUCCCUUCGCCGCAUCUAUGACAGGCCCUCAACUAGCUGCAGCAAGCCACAGAGCAGAGUGAAGCACAACUCAGAGAGUGAGAGGCGCAGUCCCAGCAGUGAAGAUGACCGGGAUGAGAAGGAAUCGAAGGCUGAGAUCCAGAACCCGGAGGAUUACAAAGAGAUCUUCCAGCCCAAGAAUGCUAUCUGUCGAACUCCGCCUCGAAACAACGAGCCCUUUCCAGCCCCUCCUGAGGAUGAGCCCGUAACUGCAAAGGAAGCAGUGAAGCCCAGCCAAGCUGCGGAUGUCCAGACCCCGUUGCCAAAGCAAGAACUUCCUGAUCCGGUUCAGAGGCCACCGAUUGCCUCCUCAACUCCUUUGACCAGAACAGAGCCGUCGGUGAUUCCUGCAGCCAGGAAUGAGCCCAUUGGCCUGAAAGCCUCUGACUUUCUACCAGCUGUGAAAAACCAAAGCCAGGCCGAGCUCGUGGAUGAGGAAGCCAUGUCCCAGAUCAGGAAAGGCCACGAGACCAUGUGUGUGGUGCUCACCAGCCGCCACAAGAAUCUGGACACCGUGCGGGCUGUGUGGAGCACCGGUGACAUCAAGAACUCUGUGGACUCUGCCGUGGCGAUCAACGAUCUGUCUGUUGUUGUGGACCUCUUGAAUAUUGUCAACCAAAAAGCAUCUCUCUGGAAGCUGGAUUUGUGUACUAUAGUCCUGCCGCAGAUAGAAAAACUACUCCAAAGUAAAUAUGAAAGUUACGUGCAAACUGGCUGCACCUCCCUGAAACUCAUUCUCCAGAGAUUCCUGCCACUGAUCACAGACAUCCUCGCUGCACCACCUUCUGUCGGAGUGGACAUCACCAGAGAGGAAAGGCUCCAUAAAUGCAAGCUGUGCUACAAGCAGCUGAAAAACAUCAGCAACAUCGUCAAGAACAAGUCUGGGCUCAGCGGCCGCCACGGUAGUGCCUUUCGGGAACUGCAUCUCCUCAUGGCCGUCCUGGAGUGACGGCCGCCACCUCCUCACGUGCAAACACAGGCUGCCAAGCUCCCCUCUGCUCUUGGUCUGGCUGGAUUUCACCUCUCUCCGUGUGUCCGUCUUCCCCCCCCGCCCCUGCAGCACGGUAGGGAAGUGGAAUCUCGCUGGCUGGUCGCCUGCCCGGCACCGGUGCCUUAUGGGCUGGAUGGAGGACGUGAGCGGAGAGACGUCUGUGCUGUGUGAGGGGACCUGGCUGGCGGCGAGCCCCGCAAAGCCCCUGCGGGGAAGCAGCUUCAUUUCAGCUCUUCAUCUCACCGUCAAGCCCUCGGCUGCUCCGUCUCUGUGUGCUGGCCUUUCCCUGACGGGAUGGUUCCGAGCCUGCUGUCACCCUUCCUUCACCCGUCUGUGCUGUCGGUUCUUGUCGCUUGGCUCUGUGGGCUGGGGCCGGCUGGCCCCGCUCUCCUCGUGCAGCGCGCUGAGGACUGCGGCGUCCGCCCCGCAAAAGCCUGCUGUGGGGUGGAGCGCCCUUUCCCUACGGAAGGGACUUCUUCAGCUGCCGCGUGGGACCGGCCCCUCUGGCUUGCUUCACCAAACGUGAGGCAGGACGCCGUGCCGCCGUGCCUGGUGGAGUCUCAAGGACCCGUAUCGCGAGGAGGCUGUCUCUUGGCUUCUCAAAAAUGCCUGCUGGCACCCUGGGCCGCAGAAGAUUAAUAUCUUCAGACUGUUGCUGGGAACUGAGGCCUACCUGGAUCUGUUAAAAUAUGUGACUUACUUAAACAGGACUUGUCGUAUGUGUUUGCCUUUGGGGGUAAGGAUUUGGGAGGGUGGAGGAACAGAGGGACAUGGACUAAUGUCUUUCUACAUCCACUGGACCACUCUUAGAGGUUUUUUUUUUUCCCAAUAAAUGUCUGUCAGAACCUUUCUGUCCCUCUUUCUUCUUGCCUGUGGGGAAAGAGGUUCCUGUUGGUGCUUCCCCUGCUCCUCCCAGCCUGUCUCCCGUUUUAUACACUGGAGCCUGUUCUCCGGGAAGACUGUAACUUAUAAUGAAUUUUAUUAAAAGAUUUGUAACUUUUUUUAAAAA